GCAAACGGUUAAGUUUCGGAAUAUUCCAAUCGGGUGAAAGAAAAAAAAUUAUAUUUUGGUUGCAUUUGUUUUGGUGUCGUUGUAGUUGAUGUGCUGUUAUUGAUGUUGUUGAUGAUGAGGAUGAUGACGACGACGAUCUUGUGAAAAUAUAAACAUUUUUCUUAUUGGCAUAGUACUUUUUGUGUUUUCCCGCCGGCGGAUCUUGGAAUACUUAAAUCCCAGUUAAAAAAUGUAUUUAAUAAAAUAGUGCCAAAAUUUAUGAUCAAUUUCUUUAAUUACCAUAAAGUUUUACUAGUUUGUGAAUAUUUUCACAAUGGCUGUAAUCGUCAAUUGUGAUACAACCGAUUCUCAAGUGUUGCACGACGAAUUGGGCACUGAUAUUUGCCUCAUCAAUUCACUGAAAUGGAAGGCCUCUGCUUUGUGUUCAAUUUUGAUGUUUGCCCUCAUCAUCUAUAUGUUGCUGAAAUGGAAAUUUAGGUGCCAUAAAACUUUGUUAACAUUUCAUAAUUUCCGCGCUGCCAUCGCUCUGGUAUUGUUGGCCAUUAAUAGCAUAGAAUUAGCCAAGGCUCUGUUGCCCUGGCCCCAGCACAUCAAGAAUGCCAUGGGGCAAGUUGCAGCUGCCGGCGGAAACGGAAGUCCAAGUAAUUUGCCACAAACAUCAUCGACCAUUGAAAAUGAAGCGGAGAUACUUAUUGUAGUCAUUGGUAGCUCAACAUUGGCCAAUGCAAUGGCAUCCAUUGUGUUGACCAUAACGUUAAUGUGCUAUCAUCGAGUGGUGGAAGUGAAAAAAUCAUUGGAAUUCCUUUAUGUCAGCAGCACUUUGGCGGUGUUAAUUUUUAUUUUACGCAUUUACGAAUUGGCGGAUAUUGUUUAUUACGAAUCCAUAAUGGAAUUGGAAUCGGUAAUUCAGGCAACAUCGGCUGCAUGUUUGUUUUUCAUGGCGCUAAUUGAUGGCUUCACAGUUUACAAAGAGCGCUAUCGUCCCGAUUAUCUAGAGGAUUAUGAAAAAAUCGGCUAUAAACACACAUUGGCAACAUUUUAUUCAAAAGCUUGCUUCUGGUGGCUGACACCCCUCUUGUGGUUUGGCUAUAAGGAGCCCUUGGAGUUGGAGGAUUUGGGACAAAUGCGUGUUGAGGAUAGUGCCAGGGCACAUUAUGAUCGUUUUCUGUUAAUCUACAAAACAGCCAAGGUGAAACAUUCGGAUAAACCACCCUCAUUGUGGAUGUGCUAUUUGAAAAACAGUUGGAGAAUGUUCACAUUGGGUGGCCUUUUAAAGCUGCUGGGUGAUUUAUUUGCGGUGAUUGGCCCAUUGGCCAUACAGCAAAUUGUGCAAUACAUCGAAAUCAUGUAUGGCAUACAUUACGACAAUGACAAUGGCCAUGGCAAUGGCGUUCGCUACGGCAGGAGUCGGAGUGGCAGUAAUGCAACAUUACUGCAAAUGAACAGUGCAACUGACCAUUUGGAAAUGCAACAUCUAGGCGGCAACAUAAGACGAAGCAUUAGAAGCCAGCACCAACACAUUAGCAUUAGAGAAAUGGCCCAAAAGGCAAGUGCUGCCAUUAUUGCAACUACCGAAUCCUUGUGGCCGCCACACACAAAUGCCAGUAAUGCCACAUUCUUGAACAUCUCGAACAAGAGCAAUGAAUUUCCAAAUAUUAAUACCGAUGUGUAUAAUCAAAUUGCCAAUGGCGACAAUGACGAUUAUACUGAUAUUGGACCUAGCAAUUGGGCAUAUGUAUCACCCUCCUCUAACUCCUAUGCCACAGCAUCCGCGUCUACGCCCUAUUCCAGUUUAGCAAAUGGCUCUGAAGUACAACUCUACUAUGCCACUUGGUACGAUUUAGUGGGAAAUGGUUGGUGCAUUGCCUGGCUGGUUUUGUUGGCUGCAUUGGCCCAGGGUGCCUUGUCGCAGGCAUCGACGCAUAUCCUCAAUAUGACGGGCAUACGCAUUAAGACAUCACUGCAGGGACUCAUCUAUCGCAAAACAUUAUUGUUGAACUCCACAUGUAUUGUUGACACCAAAGGCCAAGAAGCUGAUGCCGCUACAACAACAACUGUCAACGAUAAAUGCCAUGAAGAGUCAAAGCAAAGUACGAGUGUGAACGAACCUAAAGGGGAGCACUGUGUAAAGGAUAAUGAUAGUUUUAGCGUGAGGCCAGAUAAUGAUAAUCUUGUUGGACAUGGAGAAGAGUUGGGCGUGCAGAACGAUGUAAGACAUACCAACGGAAUGAGAGUUGUAGAGACAUCGGAAGAGAAAAAUAGGAACAAUCAAACUACAAUUGACAACUCUUUGAGUGACAUUGGUGCCAUUACAAAUUUGAUGUCUGAGGACACUUUGAAUAUAAUGUCCUUCUUUUGGAUUGCUCAUUACGUUUGGGCCAUACCAUUGAAAAUUGCCAUUGUUAUGUAUUUGCUGUACUUGAAAUUGGGCAUAAGCGCUGUUAUUGGUUCAUUUGUAUGCAUUCUGACAAUGACUCCGUUGCAGUUUUUGAUUGGCAAGGCAAUGUCUCACAAUGCUGAAAUAAUGGCGAAAUUCACCGACAAUCGUCUAAAGAAGCUUCACGAUUGUUUUAUGGGCAUUAAACUAAUAAAACUGAAUGCUUGGGACAAUGUUUUCAUUAAGAAAAUCACCGAGGCCAGGCAAAAGGAAUUGAAAUAUUUGAAUAAGGACUCAUUAUACUGGACAUUGAUGACCAUUUUAACCCAUAUCUCAUCCGUUCUCAUAACAUUUGUCACCUUGGCGGUCUAUGUUUCAAGUGAAAGUAAUUCCGAAAUCACAGCAAGUCGUUUAUUUUCCGCUCUGGCUUUGUUUCAACAGUUGACAGUGCCUUUGCUGAUAUUUCCCAUCACAGUACCCAUCAUACUAUCGGCCAUUGUAUCCACCAGACGUUUGGAAACCUUUUUCGCUGCCCAUGAAAUACAAAAACAAUUCGAGGGUAUACGUAAUAUGGCACGCAUUUUAAGUAAAAGUGAUGCAUCUUUGGAUAUGUAUGAGGUGAAAUCGAAAUCUUUGCCCGCAAAUAUAAGUCCAAAGACGGUGAGUGAGCAACAAGCAAAGGCUCCGACGAAACCACAUGAAAAGCCGAGUAGCAUAAAAAUAUUUAUACCUGAGAAACCGGCGCCUUUGGCCAACUCAGAACCCCAGACUCCCUUGACAUUGCCUGAGAACAAGGAAACCUUGGAAUUUCCGGUGGAUCAUAGGAAACUCUCCUCUAAUGCACGCAAGGAAUUGUUACGCAAUACCCCUUAUGUGGUGAUAAGACCUAGAAAGAAUUUCACCAUGCAUGGUGGUCAACAUACACAAAACAACAAACCACAAUCUGCCACUCAGACAAGUGGACAACAACCUCAAGUAGGGCCUGCUGCUAAAGGUGCUGCAAAUGAUCGUCGCACUGCACACAAUCGCAAUAGUAAAUCUGAUUCAUGGCAUCGCGACUCGUUGCUGCUGAAAAUGCCCGAUGACAUAGCGGUUUCGGUGAAAAAUUGCAAAUUUUCUUGGCAUCCUCAGGGCACCACAGCUACCUUGGAUGUGGGCGAUAUGGUGGUGCCACGUGGCAAGCUAACCAUGAUUGUAGGUAAAAAUGGCAGCGGAAAAUCAUCUCUGCUAUCGGCUUUACUCAUGGAGAUGCCCUUGAUAUCGGGCGAUAUGAUAUGGAAUAAAUCCUCCACCAUCGCUUAUGUGCCUCAACAGCCUUGGCUAUUGAAUUCCAGUAUACGCGAGAAUAUCCUAUUUGGUGAAUCAUUUCGCCCCAAACGUUAUGAUUUUGUCUUAGAUGCCUGUGCUCUGAAACCCGAUAUUGAUCUCAUGCCUGCCGGAGAUUUGACGGUAAUUGGAGAACGUGGCAUCAAUUUAUCUGGAGGCCAAAGACAAAGGGUGGCUGUGGCCAGAGCACUUUAUUCUUCGGCAAAUGUGGUGAUAAUGGAUGAUCCCUUGUCAUCGUUGGACAAUGAAGUGGCCCGUCACAUUUUUGAGCAGAGCAUUAAAAAAAUGCUGCUGAAAGCCAAUCGCACUGUCAUUUUGGUGACACAACAAUUAAAUCUAAUAGCACAGGCACAUAAUAUAAUAGUAAUGAAGAAUGGCUGCCUGCAAGCGUCCGGCAGCUACAAAGACAUCGCAGCCACUCAUCCACAGAUAAUCGCCAAAUGGAAUUCGAUAAUUGCCAGAACCAACGAAAAAGAACAACAAAAUAACACGAACGACAGUAACGCUUUAGGCCGUACAGCUCGUGAACGUUGGAAAUUAUUUAAAAAUGUUGCAAAAUUGGGUUUGCAACGUGCGGCAGCACCCACUGUCACGGCUGGUGGAGUUUGUGAGAAUGGCGGAGGCGCUGCUGCGAACUCAACUGAUGCUGUUGAUACGGAAACGGAAAUGAAAGCAACUUCAACGGAAAAUAUAUUGGAUGCUGAUGAGGAUGAUGAACAAUACAGUAUGAUGACUGCAUCUUCCUCCAUGGGCAGUGGCUCCGGCUUUAAGCUAUCCCGCUCUCCUUCCGGUUAUUACAGUUCUCGCCAUCUCAUCUAUGAUGUCCCCUUGCCGCUGGAUGAGUGUCAAAUAGAAAAUGUUCCUUUGCGGAGAAGACGACGCACAGCAGGUGAAGGCACUUUGCGUGGACAAAGACCCAGCUCACGUACCUCCAGUCGUAUGAGUAACGUUAGCAAUACUCCCACAGAGCUAAGAAGAAGUCUUCUAACCGAUAGCUGUGGCAGUGCUGUCAGCUAUAUGACCAAUUUAAGUAACUAUGGCACUGAGGAUCAACGUACUUCAAAGACACAAUCAUGGCAACCCUCUGCGGGAAAUUACAAACAUCCGCCUUUGGCCAAAAAUAUUUCGGCACCAGCAACAUUUGAAGAAAGAGCUGAGGACAUGGGUGGUGAAGACGAACCGGAUGCUAGUAAAAUGUUGAUGGAGGAAUCGGAGAGGGCGAACAGUGGCAAUGGCUUUCAGCAAUUUCUAAGGCGUAUGACCAUGCGCAAAUCGAACAAAUCGAAAGCGGUGACCCAAGUGCAACAUCAUCGCCCUAGGCCCGGUAGUGGAGAUACGACAAUAGCUAGCAUCUCCGAGGAGUCGUCUGGCAUUGCUGGCUCAUCAAUACCAUCCAUUGAAUUGAGUUCAGUGGCAACAACGGAUGCAACUGAAACGGAGACGGAAAGUUGGAUUGCCGGUAUUGAAAAUGAGGAAUCUAUACAAGAUGCAAAUAUUGACUAUAAAACACUGAUGGCAAACAAUGCUAGUCGAGUGGAAAACCUCGAUGACAUAGCCCCAACAAUGACAGCGGUUGCCACAAUAACAUCGACAGCAGAGUCAACACAAGUGAAUAGCAGCGACAAAUCUGGACUAACCAACUCAUCCGUGGCACAACAAAGUCCAGACCAUCAAACAACAAUAAAGGCAACAAUGGAACAGUCAGGUGGUGGUGGUGGUGGCAGUGGUGGUCCUGGUGGUGUCGGUUAUGAUGUUGAACGUAAAUAUGGCAAAAUAUCCUCAGAAAUCUAUUUGCUGUAUGUGCGUGCCUCCGGUUUUGCCAAUGUUAUAAUAUUUUUCAUUACGGCCCUAAUUUGGCAAGCUCUGCGUGUGUACACCGAUGUAUGGCUGCAACAGUGGACGGAUGACAAUAGCAUAGGCAAUGGCAACAUUUAUCCGCAGCAACCUCAGCAACGUAAUGGCACUGCAACAACUACUAAAACAUUGCUGCAACAUGACAACGAUGUGAUAACAUCCGCAAAUAUAUCCGCCGCAACAGUGCAACAAAUGAGUGUCCAAAAUUAUGCUAAAAUGGCAACUACAAUGACUGGCAACGUGAGAGCACACGAAAUAUUGGCGCUGAAGUAUGAUGGGGUUGCUGCCAUAGGUGGUGGCGAUGUUGGUGGUGCCGGUGGUGGCAUGCAACACGAAGUCACGUAUUAUUUCCACAUAUAUGCCAUUAUAUCGUGCGUAUGCAUCGUCAUGGCCAUGAUAUCGACACCGGCUGGUCAAUGGGCUGGCUGUAAGGCUCGCCGCAAUUUGCAUGACAAACUUCUGCAGUCGAUUAUGCAUAAGUCCUUGCAUUUCUUUCAAGUCACCCCCUUGGGGCGCAUCAUGAAUCGUUUCAGCAAUGAUAUGGCCAUUAUUGAUAAGGUAAGAGAAUUGCAGCGCAUCGAAAAUGCCACCAACUCACCGGUUAUUUCCCACCUCUCGGAAACGAUACAGGGCGUGACAACAAUACGUGCCUACAAUCAGGAAUCACGUUUUACGGAAAUACUCUUCCGACGUUUGGAGGAAAAUACAAUUGCAUUCACCAUUUUAAACACCAGCAAUCGAUGGUUGGGCAUAUCAUUGGAUUACCUGGGUGGUGUCAUUGUAUUUGUGGCCAUAGUGACAGCUUUAUUGGCCGCCACAAUAGCAUGCAACAGAGGUAACGAGGACAGGCAUCAGCAUAUGAUGACAGCCCACGAGUCCUCAUCCUCUGCGUCUGAUGAGUCUGUCAUUACUAUUGCAUUCUCGCCCUCACCCUCCUUGGUGGGUCUGGCCAUAAACUAUACCCUAUUGAUGCCAAUUUACUUGAAUUGGGUUGUAAAACUUUUGGCCGAUAUGGAAAUGUAUGUGGGUUCGGUGGAACGUAUUGCAUAUUAUGCCCAAGUCAACGAUGACAGCUGCAAACAACAGAGAAAUGGGGCCAUCACUACAAUGGGCCAAAGUGAAACUACAGCAACAGCAACAACAUCACAAAAUGACAACCACAACAACAACAACAACAACAACAACAACAACAAUAGUAGAAAUAUGCCAACAAAAGUUUCAAAAAUGCCAAUGGUAAUGGCUGAGGAAGUUCCAUCAACAGCAUCAACUAAAGACCUGGCCGAGAAGACGGAAGCUUGUAGCCAUGAUAAAUUGCCGACUUUGGCUGAUAGCAGCUAUCCAACACCAAGUCCAAGUUGUGCAAUGACAACAUCCUUGUUUGCCAACGACGACAAGAGUAGCAAUGAAACUGUUGUCACUUCAAGGGACCCAAAGACAAGUAGACCAACAGCCACCGCAGAAUAUAAGGCCGAGGAGGGAAAGCAACACAACAUGAAUGAAACCCCAGAGUCACUGGCUCAUCAUCUAAAGCAGGAGGAGCUGGAGCUGGAGCCACAGCAUCAUCACAAUCAUCGUCAUAUAAGUAAUGAUGGACAUAUUGCAUCAACCGCAAAAAGUUUAUCACAUCAACAAAUAUCAACAAAUGGCAAUGGCCACAAUGAUAGCAAGGCCUCAUUGCUUCCACCUGCACCAUCCUCUAGCUCUGCCGCAUCCUCCUCAGCGCUGGGCUUAUCCUUAUCUCAAGACAUAAAUGUCUCCAGCAACAGCAUUGUGGGUCAUGCAAGUCCAGAAUCGCCUACAUCGACUUCUUGGUCCCCAGCAUGGUCACCAAACAAACUCAUGCAACGCAAUGAUGUGGAACGUCGAGCAAGUGUUCGAAGACGCUGGGCUCGGAAUAAAAAACAAUACCAACCCGUAGCAAUAUCGUGGCCACAACGCGGCGAUAUAUCUUUUGAACAUGUCAGCUUACGCUAUGAAGGACAGCAAGAGGAUGUUAUUAAAAAUUUAAAUUUAACUAUACCGGCUGGCCAAAGGAUUGGCAUUUGUGGUCGCACUGGCAGCGGCAAAUCAUCAUUGGCCCUCUCAUUGUUUGGUGUAUUGCAGGUGAGCUCCGGUUGCAUACGAAUCGAUGACAACGAUAUCUCCAGCAUACAUCCGGAUGAAGUACGUACACGAUUAUCGAUAAUCCCUCAGGAUGUUCAUUUAUUCAAUAUGACAAUAAGAGAGAAUCUUGACCCGUCUGGUUACUAUUCGGAUUUGGAGUUAUGGAAUUGCCUUGAGUUGGCCCAGUUGAAGGACAUUGUCAAUAGCAGAAUGCCACAGGGCUUGGACACUGAAAUCAUGGAUGGCGGCAUAAAUCUUAGCGUUGGCCAUCGCCAACUUUUCUGUUUGGCCAGAGCGAUUUUAAGAGGCUCCGUUUGUUUGGUCUUGGACGAGGCCACCAGUUCCUUAGAUUCCAGUACAGAGAAAGCUUUAUUGGCGGCAGCCCAUAAAGCCUUUCAGGGAAGGACAAUUAUAACAAUUGCGCAUCGCUUGUCAACAAUCCUGGAUUAUGAUCGUGUCAUAGUUCUGGAAAAAGGACAAAUUGUAGAAGAUGGUCCGCCCAGUGAAUUGGAAAACAAGCCCGAUGGCAUAUUUGCUGGAUUAUUAAAAUCGGGACGACCUUUGUCGGUAAUAAGCACAGAUACAGGAAUUCAAAGUAUUUAAGUGAGGAGAAUAAAGAGAAAAAUUUAAAAAAUUUGGAAUUGGAAGGAUGUAUUAAAAGAGUAUAACAUAAAUAAAAAAUUGUAAAACAAGUAAAAGCGUGCUAAGUUCGGCCGGGCCGAAUCUUAUAUACCCUCCACCAUGGAUCGCAUUUGUCGAGUUCUUUGCCCGCUAUCUCUUUUAAGGCAAACAAAGAAUAUUGAAUAAGAACUGGAAUGCUAUUGGAGCUAUAUGAAGUUAUAGUCCGAUUCGAACCAUGUAGAAGUCAUUGUUUAAUAUUUCAUUUCGCUCGGAUAAGAAUUGCGCCUUGUAGGGGCUCAAGAAGCAAAAUCAAGAGAUCGGUUUAUAUGGGAGUUGGAUCAACCUAUUGAUCCAUUCAGACCGUAUUAGACAAGUACGUUGAAGGUCAUGAGAGAAGCCGCUGUGCAAAAUUUCUUCCAAAUCGGACUACAAUUGCGCCCUCUAGAGGCUCAAGAAGUCAAAAUCUCAGAUUGGUUUAUAUGGCAGCUAUAUCAGGUUGUGAACCGAUUUGCGCCAUAUUUAACUCAGUAUUUGGAAGUCAAAACACUACGUGCAAAAUUUCAGUCAAAUCGGACGAGAAUUGCGCCUUCUAGAGGCUCAAGAAGUCAAGACCCAAGAUCGGUUUAUAUGGCAGCUAUAUCAAAACAUGGACCGAUUUGGCCCAUUUACAAUCCCAAUCGACCUACACUUGUAAGAAGUAUUUGUUCAAAAUUUCAAGCGGAUAGCUUUAAACCUUCGAAAGUUUGGGGGUUUUCGACGGACAGACGGACGUACUGACGGACGGUGGACGGCGGACGGACAGACGGACGGACAGAUGGACCGACGGACAGACGGAUAGACGGACGGACAGACGGACGGAUAUGGCUAGAUCGAUUUAAAAUGACAUGACGAUCAAGAAUAUAUGUACUUUAUGGGGUCUCAGAUGCAUAUUUCGAGGUGUUACAAACAGAAUGAUGAAAUUAGUAUACCCUCAUCCUAUGGUGGAGGGUAUAAAAAUAAAAAAUUUUAAAAAAAGAAUAUAAAUUUUUGUUUUUAAAAUAUUUUUUGCA